CAGUCACACACACAUACACAUUUGUUUUGUGCAUCAUCUUAUAAGCUACUCCUAAUAACAAGCAUCGUAUAUUUCUGUCCAGAUAGAUCCAUCCAUCUCUCCCCAACGACGACGUCCAUUGCAACUACAUUCCCACUACGCCAUGACCACCCAUCGAUCGGUUGUUUUGUCUUGUCCAAGCUAGCCCCUGCUUUGUUGCAUACGUAGAUACAUAUAUAUAUCUUCUUUGCUUGGCAUCGAUCGAUUCAGCUGGACCGCACUAGUAGCUGCUAGCAGCUACAGCAAAGACGUACGUACAAUGGUGGGAGGUGGUGGAGGAGGAGGAGGCGAGGUGGUGGUGCUCGGCCGGGCGGAGAUCGACACCAGGGCUCCGUUCCGCUCCGUCAAGGAGGCCGUCGUCCUCUUCGGCGAGAGGGUCCUCGCCGGGGAGCUCUCCGCCGGACGCCAACUCUCCGUCAACCAGGAGGACGUGGCACCGCUACAAAAAUGCUAUAAAUACAAGAACCGAGCGGCGGCAACGAGACCCAACCACCACGCCGUCAGCAUCACAGCCGGCGCUGUCACCACAGCUACACCACGCCCCGUGCCGCCGGUGACAGCAGAGCUUGCGGUGGCGAAGCAGGAGCUGGAGAAGGAGCGGGAGGAGAAGCAGAAGAUGGCCGGGUGCAUCCAGUCCCUGCAGGAGGAGCUCAGCCACGCCAUGAGGGAGCUUAAGAGGCUCAAGGCGCGCGACGACGAGGAGGCCGGCGCCGCCGCCGCCGCCAAGGUCAUCGACCUGGAGAUCGACGAGGGCCUCAGCUUCACCGAGGCCGAGAAGAAGCCGGCGCCGCCACGGCGCUCGGCCGACGGCGUCGCGGCUGCCGCCGGAAGCGAGCUCCAGAAGAAGAGGUACGUGACGUUCGCCGACCCGCCGACGGCCGCCGCGUCCCGCGCGCCGCCGUUGCCGGACGUCGUGAUGGAGCUACACCGCGCGCCGCCCCAGCCGCAGCCGCAUUACUACCGCGAGCCGAGGUUCCAGAGGCAGAUGUCGGCCGGGCACGAGGCCGCGAAGGCGAUGGCGGCGGAGGAGGGGAGGAAGAAGAAGAAGAAGCCGCUGAUCCCGCUGGUGGGCGCGCUCUUCAUGCGGAGGAAGAAGAGCAGCGGCAGCUGCCACGACGACUCGUUUUGAUCCCUCCAUAUAUACUAAUCCACACACACUAAACUUAGUCACCCAAGAGCCUCUCGUCGUAAAUUUUUAAUCCUUAUACAUGUCACAUGUGUAGUUAAUGGAAUGCAUAAUGCUUUGGCUUAUAUGAACAUUUGAUCAUCAUCAAUAAAUAUAUACAAACACACAUAAUUACAUAUAUUAA